AUGUCGACUUCUUCGGCACCGCUUCCGCACCGGUCGGUCGCUAACAUCCGAUCACCAUCCGGAAGUGGCCGUCACCACCCCUCUCAACAUCACCAGCAACAAGGCACCGGUCCUUCCACACCACACCGCCCCGUCCCUUCCAGCUUCGGUUCACCAUCCGGCCUUCGUGCCGACGAAGAAAUCAUCAUCAUCGAGCUAGGCACGCGGAAAAUCCAGGUCGGCUUCUCGGGAGAUGCGGCGCCGCGAGGGUGCGUGUGGUUUGGGCCAGACCAGCAACGCCGUGCGGGCGAUUUCCGGGAUUGGCAGGCCGAUUAUCGUUUCGACUGGAAGGCGGCCGAUGCUGGGGGCUUUUGGAGUCGGGACCAUGAGCUGUGGAGCUAUGAUGUCCGGGGUGCAGAUCUCGGGUUGGUUGGCGACAAGCUCGAGAAGGCAUUGAGGGAGGCGUUUACGAAAUAUCUACUUAUUGAUUCGCGCCCGAGGAGGAUGGUCUGGAUCAUCCCCUCUACCCUUCCUGUCCCGUUACUCUCUACGGCGUUGGAUAGCAUCUUUAGCCGAUUCCAACCACCCACCAUCUCACUGCUCUCCUCUUCCCUUUCCCUAGCCGUCGGAGCUGGGGUCCGCUCGGCCCUCGUGGUCGACCUUGGUUGGAAUGAAACCACCGUCACGAGUGUCUAUGAGUAUCGCGAGGUGAGCACGAGGAGAAGCAUCCGUGGUGGGAAGAUGCUAGUUGAGCAGACGCACAAGCUGCUUGCCAAGCAUAUCCUCGAAAGCCAAGAAGGAUCCGGAGACUCAGGGGAACAUUUUGUCAGCUUUGAAGAGUGCAGCGACAUCACGGCCCGGAUGGUUUGGUGCAAGCCUCGCCAGAACUUGGGUUCGGGCCAGCCCACUUCUGACACCUUGACCACCGUCAAGGAACAAGACGAAGGAGAGAAUGAAGAUCCGGUCGUUGAUGAUGAGCCAGGCGCAGGGUCCACCGAACCCCAACGACCUGGCGCCAUUGCCAUACCAUUGAGGUCCUGUUCGCCGCCAAAGUUACUGGAACUUCCAUUUGACUCCCUCAGCGAACCCUGCGAGAGUGCCUUUUUCGAUACUCAAUACUCCCUCUCUAGCUUCGACGAUCAUGAACUGCCCGUACAUCUUCUCAUCUACCACAGCCUUUUACAAUUACCUCUGGACGUCCGAGCCCUAUGCAUGUCCCGGAUCAUCUUCACUGGCGGUUGUGCCGGCGUCCUUGGCCUACGCGCCCGCAUCUUCGAUGAAGUCUCCCACCUCAUCCAAGAGCGAGGCUGGGACCCCGUCCAAGGAAAGGCCGUACACCAGUUCCUUACCAACCCUAAACUAAAACAGAAACGUGGCCGCAAAUCCACCAGCCACUCGGGACACGGCGGAGACGAGGAACACGACGACGAAGAGCAAGAUGACGUCUGGCACGACGCGGCCAACACAAUUCCCGAAGUCGACAUGAUUGAGGAGCAGGUGAAACGAGGCACCGACAACCGGCCGCGUGUGCAAGGCCAGAUGAGGGCCGUUGAGUCCCUCGGUACUUGGGGUGGUGCUAGCUUGGCUACCCAUCUCAAGGCGCCGGCCGUGGCGGUCAUUGACCGCGAGCUCUGGCUGCUACAUGGGGCGGCGGGAGCAAGCAAGGCUGGGGAGGUGGAUCAGAAAGCACAGAGACAGAGCUUGGGACCUGGAGGCUUGAUGAGGGUCUCUGUUGCUGGUUCGUCAUGGACAUUGGGGGUUUGGGGGACAAAUUGA